AUGCAAAAUAUUCAACAGUCUCUAAAACGAUUAAUAAUAUUUCGUCGUUUUGUUCAACAUAAACAAAAUUCAUCAACGGUACCAUCCGUUAAAGAUGUUGCUAAACAACGUAUUAAAGACUUACGUGUAGAAUAUGAUAAACCCGUUCAAUUUAGUAGUAGUGCUGCUAAAGAAUGGGACACAUUAGAUUCUUUAAUACCAAAUCGAAAAAAUGGUAUAUUUAAUCGACCAUUAUUAUUGAGUGCAUUAGUUAUUAACCUCAUUUAUUGGGGUUUUCUUCGUGAAGAAAAUGAUCUUGAUGUGCAAGUAUCACGUCAACCAUGGGAAAUAUUACCAAAAAUGAAUAUUGAAUAUUUAAGAACGGCUGAACGACAAUAUGCUGAAGCUGGUCUUGAUACAUCAACAAUCGAAGCAAAAAAACAAAUUUUUCAAGAUACUUAUUUUCCUCAAGUUAAUGAACAAAUACGUGUUAGUAGAAAUAAAUAG